GAUUAUACGAAUGGUAUUCGAGUAGUAUGACUACUAGCUAUUAACUACAUACAUUAUCGGCAAAGGAGCUUUAAAUAAACGUAGUAGUAUAGUGAUAAUGGCAAACAAUGCGCUGAGCAACGGACGCAUUCAACAACCAACAGUUUCACAACGAUUGAGAGAUGAUAGAACGAAGAAAGUCGUGGAGAUACCAUCAACAGAAAUUCGUAAUUGGUUAUUGCACCGUCAUUACACGAGACGCGAACAUAAGAUAUGUAAAAUUCUUAUUGAGGAAGAAUUAAUAAAAUCAAAUGGUCAUAAUGAAUAUGCUAAUUACUUAAAGGGUCUUAUUUUGAGAAAAGAAGGUAAAAUUCAAGAUUCUUUAGACAGUUUUCAAGCAGCUUACAAUGUAAAUUCAUCUAACGUUAAUAACGUUAAACAAAUAGCUAAAUCCUUAUUGAUAAUGGGUAGCCAUAAGCGUGCGGUUGAAGCAUAUUUGGAAGCGGAAAAAAUAAGUAUCUUACCCGAUUGGGAAAUAUAUUAUAGUCUUGGAGAAUGCUAUGUAAAGUUAGAUCAAUUACAAGAAGCGAAAAAACAAUUUAAGAGAUCGAUCGAAUUAACGAAAAAUGAAUUACCCUAUCUUGCUCUUGCAAGAGUGCACCUGAUGGAAGAUCAAAUAGUAGAAGCUAAAAAUAUGUAUAUUGCUGCAUUAAAUGGAAGUCCUGAGAGCGUGACAGUAUCUACAGAAUUAGGUUUGUUAUAUCUAAGAAUAGGAGACUUUCAAAGAGCAUUUCAACAAUUUGGAAUAACUUUAGCUCACACGUCUAAUUGUUCGAAAGCUCUUUUGCCAAUUGCCUAUAUAAUGCAAAAAAAUCGUGAAUACGACGUAGCAUUGUCUAAAUAUAAAUUAGCGGCUCAAUUAACGCCCGAAUCGUCGGCUCUUUGGAACAAUGUUGGUAUGUGCUUUUAUGGAAAGCAAAAAUUCGUUGCUGCUAUUAGUUGUUUAAAAAGAGCUCAUUAUCUGAACCCAUUAGCAUUCUUACCAGUUUAUAAUUUGGGUGUAGUCUUUCUUACAACUGGACAACCAGCAUCAGCUGCAAUUUAUUUAUGCGCUGCUGUCAAUGCAGCAUCAAAGAAUCCAAUGCCGUAUCUUUUACUUGGAUUGGCUCUUAAAAGACUCGAUGACCUAGAAGGUUCUGAAAAAGCUUUAGACAAGGCUCAUUCUUUGUCCCCUCAAGAUCCAUUAGUACUCAUUAAUUAUGCUGUAAUUCUUGAUGCCAUUGGAAAGACCACAGAAGCUUCGGAAAUAUUAUCGGCUUUGAACGAUAUUAUGGCUGUUAUCGAUGUUGACUUGCAGAUAGUACAAAUGGCGAAAAAGCUAUCAAUUAAAUUACAACAACAACAACAACAGCAAAAGUUAAUUAGUAAUCAAGAGAAAAAUUGUUAAACAACGGAGAAAAGUUUUUACACAUAUAAUACAUAAAAUGAAGAUUAACAAUUAUUAAUUAUUUAUAUGAACGAGACAAUCAUUAAUAUGCUUUGUAUUUUAAAAUAUAAACUCUAACAAUACAAAA